UCCCUGUGAUCUGAACAGAACAACAUCCUAAAACCAAUCGGUGUAAAGUGAAAUGGCCGAAAGCAUUCCCUUUUCGAAGCAAUUACGCAUUGCAACGAGAGACAUUCACAGUGUAAGCGAUGCGCUUGUAAAUGCAAAACUAGCCUUCGCCCUCUACGAUAGCCGAGUGUGGGCCGAAGGAUUAUUGAUAUUCUACGAUGUGUUCAAGCACCUCGAACAGCGUGUUCCGGACGAUUUCCUCCCACCGGUCCUCCACCGGUCCGCACAGUUCGAGCAGGAUCUUCAGUUCUAUCUGGGCGACGGGUGGAAAGAGCGACACACACCAAAGCCGGAAGUACGUGCCUACCUGGAGCAUCUGCACCGGAUUGAGCUGGAAAAUCCAAACCUACUGCUGGCGUACGUGUACCAUCUGUACAUGGGGUUACUUUCCGGUGGUCAGAUUUUGCAAAAAAGACGUUCACAGGGGCGGAGAAUAAAUCCGUUCCGGCGUGGGGAAGGAUCGACAGAAGGCGCCGCCCUGACAACGUUCGAGGAUCAUAGCAUCUACGAGCUGAAGCAACGCCUAAGGAAGGUGGUCGAUGAGUUUGGUGUCCGGCUGGAUGGAGAAACACGCCAACGGAUGCUGGAGGAGAGUCGUAAAGUGUUCGAACUGAACAAUACCAUCAUUCGGACAGUUCAGGGUGUGGAGAGGGCGAAUGUACGCAUAAUUAAGUACGUUGCCGUUGCAAUCAUGGCGUUCAUUGUAAUGCAGUACCUUGUGAGAAGUGGCAAAAUCUUUUAAUGUUCGUCUCAAUGCCGAUUGUUUCUUUUAUUUUCUGUAAGACCCUAUAUUGUGUGAUAUAGUGUUUUAAAUGUUCGGACGUAUUCAUAUUACAAACAAAUUAUUUACAUUAGAGUUCAUUAAAACAAUCAACCUUCCAA